AUGGCUGAAGACAGCCCCAGGAAAUCGAUUGUUGAAGACGUCUUCAUUCCUAAAGAACUACUCACCACUGCCAAAUUCAACUCGCCGUGGGAAUUGGCUCGAUGGGAACAGUCUCUCCCCGAUAACAAUCGUAUAUCACUUCUAGGACCUCGCACUUCUUCCAAUCGUCCUCUGAGUCUUUCUUCUCUGCGAGCAGUAACAAGGCCAAAGUCUACAAUUAGAUCUCGUGGAUGCAGUGAUCCUCCUGCUUUUCAGGGUACACUCGACUACUUUGCAAACCCCGCCUCUUCAAUCUCUGAUAAAGAACCAAUACCGCCAGUUCAGAAUGCAUUCAUCAGUCCCCGGCCACUCAGUAAAUUCAGCCCUCAUAAAAUCAGCAGCGAGCAGAGUAGCCUGCAAGAAGUCUAUGAAAAAGCCAAAUUGAGGGGAGCUGCUAUCCAACGAAAACACUGGGUGCGGCUAUUGUUUGAAUACAGCUUCUAUUCAUUCCUCGUUCUGUUCGCCUACUUUGUCCUCGUCGGUAUGCCACUGUGGGAAGGUGCUGUGUGGUGGCUGUAUUAUGUUGUCCGAACUAAGUUCGUUAUCCAAGGAGGAUAUUCAAUUGUUAUUGGUCUGGCUGCACUAUACGCAUUCUGUCCUCUUAUGAUGCUCUUUGAGAAAGAUCCUCCAACCCUGGAUUCUAAAUCUGAAUCUGAAUCUCCGGACCUAGAAAGCAACAUAUCCAAGGUGAAAUCAACCGCUCUCCUCAUUCCCUGCUAUAAGUCAGCAACAAUCAUCGACGCAACCCUCCAAGCCGCCUUUAAAGUCUUCCCCAAAGAAAAUAUCUUCGUCAUAGCGAACGGCAAUUCCAAAACCCCCCUCGACAACACAGAAGAAGUUUGCAAGCCCUACGGCAUCAACUACCUCUGGGUGCCCAUCGGCUCAAAAAUCGUGGCACAGUUUGUCGGCAGCCACGCAGCCAAGGACUUCGAAAACGCCCUCCUGAUCGAUGACGACUGUCUCCUACCCCCAAAUUUCCCAAUCGUCAGUGAUAGACUCAAAAACACCGUCAAAUGUCUCGGGUACACAAUCAAAAGCGUCGGCCCCAAUUCCUCAAAGGGUACCUUCUGCCAGCAAGCCCAGGACCUCGAAUACAAAAUGUCCGGUAUCCAGCGUGCUUUCUUCGGGAUGUUUGGAAGCGCUACAUUCCCACACGGAGCUAUCUCGCUCUGGAAUAUCGAGUUCCUAAAACAGACCUUCCAUGAACAUCCCGGAUUCUCCGUGUCCGAGGAUUGGUUCUUCGGCGAUGCCUGUCGGCGUCUAGGUGGACGCAUUACUAUGUGCUCACAGGUCUUCGUCGAAACAGAGACGCCGGCUUCGGUGUUCUGGAGUGGCUCUGGUGGUAGUCGUGGUGGGUUCGGCGAGAUGACUGUCCUCCAGCAGCGGUUUAAGAGGUGGAAUUUCUUCUUCGUUGUUGGUGUGUACUAUGAUUUGAAGUAUAUCUUAACUAGCUGGAAGUUGGGUUGGUGGGAGUUUGGUGCGAAGUUGUGCGUUUUUCAAGAGGUGUAUGAAACCCUCAUCUACCUCUUUGCCCCAUUCAUCCUUCCAAUUUCAUUCAUAGUCCGGCCCUCAUUCUGUGGAAUGCUACUUGGCGUCACAAUCGGGAUGUAUAUCCUCAACGUGAUAAUCUUCAAUGAGAUCCACCUCCGGUUAAAAAAAGAGCGCAUCAACUGGAAAGUCCUUUUGUUUUACUACACGUUCUACAAGAUUGCUCUGACAUUCAUCAACGUGGUGAGCUGCUACUGGUCACUGUACAAGUAUGCACGGUACUUUGCGCAGCGGCAUCCGAAGGUCAUUGAGGACCGGGAUGCGGUGGAGGUGAUACUUAGUCUUGAAAAGGAUUCGAAUUCAAGGAGGACGUCGGCUGAGGAUGUGGUCGUUCCGCUUGAUGGUGUGUUGGGCACGGGAGUUGGAAGAAAGUUGACGCUUACAAAAGUUAAGGCUGGGAAGAAGAGGGAGGGGGAGAAAUGUGAGAAGGAUACUAGAUAG